ACCGUGCUUUGUUUUGUUGUCUUCUGGUUUUGUACUUGAGAAAACGAAGAAUGACAAAGUCAAUUGUUCGCUUUCUCCGUUGCCGGCCGAUCGUUGAUCAGCGGCGGAGAUCAAAUUCCCCAAACUCACAGCUCCAAUCCUCUCCUCAACACUCUCAUGAGUUUUGCUGGGUUCUCUAUGCAAUUGAAAUCCUAUACUGCGUCUAUUUACUGUCCAUUGUUCAACGCUCGAAGCCAGCGAAAGGGAAAACCAUCUAUACCCAUUUUCCCACAGUGUGUGAAGCAGAUGGCGGCGGCGGCGGCAGCACCGGUUGAAGCCAGAACGAGCUUCGGGUUCAAUAAUUUAAUGGAGACGUUCACUGUAAAUGUGCAGAGAGCAGAGAAUAGGCCACUGAAUGUGCCAUUGGUUGCGCCAUUUACGAUUGCAUCUUCGAGGCUUGAAAUGGUGGAGAAUGUAGCGAUAAGGAUUGAGUUGAGUAAUGGGUGCGUUGGAUGGGGUGAGGCGCCGAUUUUGCCUUUUGUCACUGCGGAGGAUCAGCCUACUGCCAUGGCAAAGGCCAAGGAGGCUUGUGAGUUAUUGCAACAGAGACCGCCGACUACUUUGCGCUCAGCGAUGAUGCAGAUCAGCGAGGUUCUUCCUGGACACGAAUUUGCUUCUGUCAGAGCAGGAGUUGAGAUGGCGUUGAUUGAUGCAGUUGCUAACAGCAUUAACAUUCCUCUAUGGAGGCUGUUUGGUGGAGUUUCAGAUAGUAUAACCACUGAUAUAACAAUUCCUAUUACUUCUGCUUCUAAUGCUGCCAAAUUGGCUUCAAAAUACCGUGAGCAAGGAUUCAAGACUUUGAAGCUAAAGGUUGGAAAGGAUCUAAAAGCGGAUAUUGAAGUUCUUCAGUGCAUAAGAAUGGUCCAUCCUGAAUGCGAAUUUAUCCUGGAUGCUAAUGAGGGGUAUGGCACUGAGGAAGCUAUACAAGUUCUUGCAAAAUUAUAUGAACUGGGGGUGACUCCUACUCUAUUUGAGCAACCAGUUCAUAGAGACAACUGGGAGGGUCUUGGACAAGUUAGUCGCAUCGCUAGAGAUAAAUUUGGGAUAUCUGUUGCAGCUGAUGAGAGUUGCCGGAGUUUAACUGAUGUUAAGAGAAUAGUGGAAGAGGACCUUGCAGAUGUCAUAAAUAUUAAGCUUGCCAAAGUUGGAGUUUUGGGGGCCAUUGAGAUCAUCGAAGUAGCGAGGGCUUCAGGAUUGACUUUGAUGAUUGGUGGUAUGGUAGAGACUCGACUUGCCAUGGGCUUUUCUGGUCAUCUUGCUGCUGGCCUUGGGUGUUUCAAAUACAUCGACUUAGAUACACCUCUUCUGUUGUCAGAAGACCCAGUUCAUGGGGGUUAUGAAGUUUCUGGUGCUGUCUACAAGUUCACAAAUGCCAGGGGCCAUGGUGGUUUUCUUCACUGGGAUAACAUUGCAUGAUGACAAUUGCUUUCAAUCGAACCUUCUACAUAAGCGGAACUUUCAGUUCAUGCUUUCACCUGAACAAAAGCCUUUCCAAGUCCGAAUUCUCUGGGCAGUCUUGUAAUUGAGAAUUAUAGAACCUUUCUAUAUACUAAUUUUAUUUGAACCUUGUAUUUUAAAUAUCGGAAUCGUAGGAUAUUUUUCAUGAAUGUUGAUCAGGAUUCAUAGAUGUACAUCUUGUCAUA